UUGUUUUGGACGCCAUAUUGGAAAUGGAAACCUGGAAUUCAAACGUUGAAAUGGAAUUAUGGUGUUAUUCCAAAUUAUCAACUGGAGACAGCAUUCAAAUGUGGAAUAUAUUUUUGAACAAAGUAAAUUGGGAUGCAUCUUAAUUAUGAUCGUUGAUGAAUAAGCCUGUUUUCCUUGUUUUAUAUGACUGAAACUCUCGUUUUAUAACUGUAAACAAACAAGUGAAAGAUUGACAACUCCAUUUUGUGUUCACUGACAGUGACAGUUUAAAUUGUUUGGAAUCGUCCUAUUUGUGAUUUCAGACGAUACGUUUAAUGUUUUUACAAAUUCCAUUUUUGAGGACAGUUUAAGCAUUCGUGUGGUGAGGUUGAAUUUGAGAUGUUAUCGAGAAAUAAUAUAAUCUGUGAAGAUGCUAUUACAAUAUUGUCAAUGUAUUCCUUAAGAUGAGUAUAAUAGUACAACUUGGAGCUUUAAGAUCACUGGCAGCAGGGACGGAUAGGACACUGUCACAUCCACAGCAUUCAACAACUUAUCACGAUGAUAGUGAAAUGUCACCAGUAUCAACUGAAGAAGUACAUCGACGUCCUGUUCAAACCUAUCCAGGGUGUUUUGGCCUGCCAUAUCAGGAUCAUAACUAUGGAGCUCCACCUCCGGUCACCCCACCCCCCUCACCUCCACCCAUUAAAAUCAAUGGACACAUAGAACUAAUAGAUGAUCUGUCGAAACCUACAGUAAUAGCCAAAGAAGAGAUAGUUGAUGACAGCAUAACACGCUGUAUUUGUGAGUUUCAGCACGAUGAUGGUUAUAUGAUUUGCUGUGAUCGCUGCAGUGUAUGGCAGCAUAUAGAUUGUAUGGGCAUAGACAGAAAUAGUAUACCAGACAGUUAUUUUUGUGAGCGUUGUCAGAUUCGACCAGUUGAUGCUGAAAGAGCGAAAAUCAUUCAAGCUAGGAAAAAAGAAGAAAUAGCUAACCUUGAUACUAGUGCUACUGAUACCGAUCCAGAAGAGGUAGCUAAUCGUCUAGCAGCUCUCAAUAAGAAAUCUCCAGCCACCAAAAAAGUUAGCAAACAGCGACGCAAUUCAAAGCUUAAAGAAAAACUUUCCACAAAGAAAACAUUGAAAGAAAAGAAGGGUUUGAAGAAGGAAAAAGAAAAUUUGAAGGAUGGAAAUUUAAAAGUAAAAUUUAAGACGGAGAAAGAUGGCACGCAGAAACCUGUUAAACCUAAAAAUCGUCGCACUUCCCAAACAGUAUGUAAAGUGAAUGGUGAGAGUGUAAUUAAGUCUGAAAGUACCGAAAAAUUUGAAGAUGCCAAAGAGAACCAAUAUAGUCGUGAUGUACAAGAACUUUUUUCUAAAUCUAACGUCAAUGGAAUUCAUCUGGAUGAUUUACACUCUGAUAGUGAUAGAUUGUUAGAUCAACUAUGGUGUUUAGGUCAGAGUAAAAAUCAUGUGAUAAUAGAAGCUAAAGAGAAUAUUUUACCUGGGCUAGCUGUCCUAGAAUAUAAAGGAAAAGUUAUGUUACGACAACAUUUUGUAGAAAAUAAUUUAUUUUUCAAAAAAGCCCACCCUCAUGUUUUGUUCUAUUCUAAGUUUGAAGAUAUAGAUCUUUGUAUUGAUUCUAGUUGCUAUGGUAAUAAAGCUAGAUAUAUUCGUAGAUCCUGCUCUCCUAAUGCCGAGGUUCGACACUUAGUGGAACAUGGUAGAAUACAUUUUGUGAUUUUCUCUAAGAAAGAAAUUGAAAAGGGAGAAGAGAUAACAAUACCCUUCGACUUUAAUUAUCAAGAAUGUUUGUUUUGUGUUGAAUGUGCUUGUCUUAGAAAUGUUUGCACUGUCUCAAAAUUUUGGAAAAAGGUUUCAAAGAAUGCUCAAAAUAAAGGUGUAAAGAAAACAAGGUUAAAAAGACCCAGUGGUAAUAGUCCAGCAAAAACAGAACUUAGUCCAUUGAAGAGUGAAAUAUUGAAAAUCAAGGAGUCUAUCCCCCAAUCUCCGCCUAAAGUAACAAAGAAAGCCGUACACGUAGAAACUACAACAAUUAAACAAGAGCCUAAAGUUAUCCCUGAGAAAGCACCUGUUGUAGCUCCCCCACCUGUUACUGCUCCUACUCCUACCCCUGCCACCACCACUGCCACUACUACAACAACUACUACAACUAGAGUUAAACAUGAAUCUGGUUCAGAUAGUCAUCAUGCUCCACACAAUUCUACAACCCCUGAAACAAAUUCUCCAGAAAAACACGAUCUUGAUGAAAAUGAUCAUAAAUUAACAAGAGAAGAAAGGAAAAUGAAUGCUAUUAUGAAAGCCUUUGAAAAGUUAGAAAAGCGUGAAGAAAGGAGAAAAGAAGCACUUGCUCGUAUUGAUGGGCAUAGAAAGAGUCAGGAGGAGCCUAAGAAAGUUAUUCCAGAGGUUAAAACUUCAUCAGAAGAUGACUCCAAGGCUGGCAGUGAAGAAACCACUUCAGAUGCCAAAGAAGAACAGCCGAAGCCAGAAACACCUGUAAAAACUCAACGCAAAGGAAGAAAAAGACCUCUACGCAGAAGGAGUCGUGUGAACAGUACAAGUGCCGCUGAAUCAAUAGUGUCUAAUGAUGAAAGCAGUAAUUCCGCUGUAACAGCAAUUACACAAAACAGUGCUCCCUUACCCCAAACUAUGAGUGCUGAUAUCUCCGCUUCUAAUUCUUCUGGUUUCAAAUUUAUUAAAACUAAAAAGCAUCUUUUUAAUGAAUGGCUGACUGAGAAAAGCAAUGAUGGUAAACCUGCAGCAGUUCCUCCUCCUCCUCCUCCUCCUUUAGAGGUUAAAGUUGAUGAAACAAUAUUUGUACCUUGUCUACCAAGUCCUAGGAAUGCCAUGGAACAUCUUCAAAGACGCAAUUCGCAGAGUUCAGGAUCCGGGCGACCUGGUGCUGAAUCAAGUCGAGGUUCAGCUAAGAAGCGUUGGUUAAGACAAGCCAUGCAUGAAGUUCCACCAUCUUGUGAUAGUGGUUCAGCUUCUCCAGUACAUGGAUGUACCAGCCCUAGUCCUGGUAUGUGUAGUCCGACACCAGGUACAACUCCAGCUAUUGGUAGUCCUCUACAUAGUGUAACGAGUCCAGGUUCUUCACCACCUAUAGAUUUUGUUACUCCUUUAAAAAAGCGUCGACUAGCGAGAGAAUCUUUGUCACAAGACGCACCAGUAAUAUCAACUCCGUCCACAACUUCUCCUUCUGUUGGUCAGUCAACUGAGCCAGAAUGUCAGCCUGAUUCAACAAAACGGGAGACCAUUGAUAUUGAAGAAUUACAGGGGAAAAAUGGCUUCCGACCUGUCCUUCCUACUCUAGAUGAUGAUCAACCUCAGUCUAAUGUUUCAAAGUGCUAUAAAACAGAUUCAGAAGAUUUAGAGAAUGAGAAAGAGACUCUUGUGCCUCCAAUAAUGCGACUUUCUAUGGAAACGGACAUUUUAAGUGAAAGUGCUGAAAACAGUCAUUUAUCCGAUGUGUUUAGUUCGGAUAGUAACAGUGCUCUAAAUAUAACAACAGAUUCAGGUGUUGAAACAGAUACAAAUAAUAAAACAAACAUACAAACAAUACCGGAAAAAAUGGAAGAAGAUUCAGACAAUGUGAUUGCUGAAAGUGAAGAAUUGAUUUCCAGUUCGGUUAAAAUUAAUCUCGAUACGCAGGAUAAUGAUUUAAAAACUACUUCAAAUAAAAUCAUUUCAUUGCAAGUUCAAGAACAAAGUUCUUCUUCUUCGUCUCCGUCAGUGGAUGUAGGGGAUGAAAUAAAUUCAAAAAUAUUAACUAACAGUGAUGACGUUAGAUCUAAAGAAACUCUUCAAGAGCCAGUUAGUAAUUCUACAGUUACGAGUUGUUCGGAUAAGUUAAAUAAUUCUGUCGAGAGUAUGGAAGUUUCUUUUGAUUCAAAAUCAGACGAUCAACCAAUUGAAAAUAGGGAAACAGAAUCUUUAAGUAAAGUAUUAACAGUAAAUACUGAAGAAAGUGUCAAUAGUUCAGAGGUUACGACCUCAUGUUCUGUUAUGGUUCAUCUGGAGAAAGAAACUGACCAUGUGAACAUUGUUGAAAGUUCGGAUAACUCUCGAGACUUAGAAUCAACUGCCAUAGUAAACAGUAAUGAAUUAAAAACUCCUCUGUUAAGUAACAUGGACAAAGUAGAAAGUUUUGGUUUCGUUCCACAGUUAACUGACAAACUCGCGAUUUUAGAUUCUAGUGAAUGUAGUAACUUAACUCAAUCUGAUUGGUCAGUUUGUGAUAGUACCAGUGAACAUGCGUUAUCAUUAACUUCUGAUAGUACAGUUUCGUCAACGAUAUCAUCCGAAUUAUCAUCUGAGCAUGUCACGCCAUCUAACACUACACAACCUCAUGUCAUAGUUCCUGGUCUACUGUCGUCCAGUGAAGAUGUGUCUGGGUUAACCAGUGGUGAAUCGCCAACAGAAAAUACGAACUUACCUCAGUUAUCCGCAUCAUCUAACAUAGCUGAACAACCAUGUAAAAAGAAGGUGAGUUUGUUGGAAUACAGAAAGAGAUUAAAGACCAAAGUGAAAGAACCUGUCAAAAAUCAAUCAUCUUUACCAAACAAUGUUCAUCGUAUCCCUACUCGUGUAUCGGGUACAGGCUCUUUAACACACAUACGUAGUCGUCCACUAUCACUGCCAUCAUUACCGCUAUUCGUAGAUAAAAACAGUAAAAAAAAUGAAGUGAAACAGAAGAAGAGUUGGCAUGGGUUAAGUCUAACAGAAAGAUUAAGACAAGAAUUUGGUGUUGAAGCCAGUGAGGAGGAAAAUAAAUCUGAUAACUCUCGAGAAGGAUCACUUACUCCCCCUCCCCCACCUCCACCACCCCCAGCGCGGACAAGUCCCUCGCCUAGAUUAAUGAAAUUUAAGGAUGAAGACAAACAGUUGUCAGCUUCUGGUGUUCCACCACCACCAUCAGUACCUCAUCCAGGACUUGCCCAUUCUGCUGCUCCACCACCGCCACCUCCUCCACCACCCAAAGGAAAUGCUGGGCGAAUUCCUUCACUUCUAUCUAUACCCACCUUCGCAACACGACCAGUUCCAGUACCUCUACAAACUGCUAGUAGUGGUCUGGUGACAUUAAGCCCACAAUCAGUACUGCCACUUCCUCCUCAAGCCAUAGUCAAUCCGACUGCAGCUACCAUUAUCAACUAUCAAGCACAAAAUGGUGGAACAAUCACUUCUCAGCCAUCAUCUUCUCAAGCCAUGGUUUACCCAUCAUCUGUUAACGCGUCAUCCGUAUUUCCAUCAACACAAGGUACAAGUCCGGGAUACUCAGCACCUAAUAAAAGUAGUUACAAUAGAUAUCGUAGAAAUUCAUCACCGUCACAGUCGAAUCAUAAAGGGGGAAGAGAAAACCCCUACUCAUCUUCUCAUUCUUAUAAUAAUAAUAAUAAUAAUCACUCGUCCGAUGCCCAUACUAGAAGCGAUUGGUCGACUGGUAGACGUAGUAGUUACUCUAGUAAAUAUCAUUGAAUCUUAUAGUAGUUGUGUACAGUAGGUUGUAUAUGGUAGCACCUUUUAACGUAGCAGAAUUUUAUACUCUUCAAUCAAGCCUGGUUAAUGAAGAAUAAUCUUACAGCACCUGUGAUUCUUUUGAAUCAAGCCUGGGUAAUAAAGACAAAUCUUAGUGCUUUAAUGUACAUUUAGAAAAAGUUAACUGUUGAAUCAAGGCUGUUUAAUAAAGACUAAUCUUUAUACUCUUGAAUCAAGCCUGGUUAAUAAAGAAUAAUCUUACAGCAUCUGUAAUACUGUUAAAUCAAGCCUGGUUAAUAAAGACUAAUCUUUAUACUCUUGAAUCAAGCCUGGUUAAUAAAGAAUAAUCUUACAGCAUCUGUAAUACUGUUAAAUCAAGCCUGGUUAAUAAAGACUAAUCUUUAUACUCUUGAAUCGAGCCUGGUUAAUAAAGAAUAAUCUUACAGCAUCUGUAAUACUGUUAAAUCAAGCCUGGUUAAUAAAGACUAAUCUUUUAUGUAGGAGGAGUUAACACCCUUGAAUCAAGUAUGGUUUAUUUAUAAACUCAAUAACAUAAUAUAGAACACAAUGUCAAUAGAUCACUAUUUUAAAUCUAAAGCAAUGUUAAAUGUUUUCUAUAUUAAGUUAUUGUGUUUAUUACAAUAUCAGUUGCUAAUGGUUUAUUAGACUAACGGUACACUGGAUUCAAGCAUGGCUAAUUAAGAAUAUCCAGUCAGUCGAUUUCCAUUAAAUGUUGAUGCUUUUCUUAGUUUUCCAUAUUAUUUCGUAAGAAAGAGUUUAUUCUUUUAUUAUUCUAAUUCUGAUUGUUUAAUAUACUUUACUAAAGAUAAAGAUUUGUUAGAGAUUAUUCGUUGGUUCUUUUUUAAGUAUUUUGUUACAGAGAAUUGUACAAUAAUGCAAAGGUUUUAAUUUAACUGUUAAUUGCUAUGUACAUAGUAUAUAAUAUUUCAUUCAAUUUCUGUGAAUUCAACUCUGAUAACUCGCAUAAUCUAAAAACUGUAAGAAAUUGUGAACUAUUUAUAACAUUAAUACGGUUUCAUUAUAUUUAUAACUAAGCACUAGUUCUAUAUUUUUAAAUAACGAUGAAACUCUUUCCUAGUUUUGUUUUUCAUUAUAAAUAACAAUGUUUUCUUAAAAUCUCAUGGAAGGUUUUGUUUAUAUUUUAAAAUAUAGAAUCAAGUUUCAUUUAAGAAUUUGUUUUUGUGUAAUUUGCGUUCUGAAUUUAUAAUUUAUUAAAUUUCCCCCAUGACCUGUUCUGAACUGUUUUCUUAAUGGCAUUGUCAUAUGCAUUUACACAGUAAAUUUAGAAUAUUCUCAAAAUGUAAUUAAACACUUUGGCAGAGUAUUGUUGAAUUUAUUUAUUAUUUUAUGAGUUGCAUUGAUUGAGACUACUUAUGAUCACGUUUCUCAAAUAAUUAGUCUCGACUUAAUUUAACAUUUAAAAAACCUUUGUUGUCGUUCUUUAAUUUAUUGUAAAAAAAUGUAUCAUUCGUUUCAUCAUCUGUGGACAUCUUACAUGAUGAAAAUAAUUUAUAUGACCAAAUUCAUUCAUUCAUUCAUUCAUUCAUUAGUAGUUGUAUAUAAAUAUCAUGUUCAUGUCAUUCUAAUGUCUAUUAUCAUUCUCUCUUAUUUCUUCAAUCUACAUUCUUUUAUCUUCAUCAUUUCAUUAGUUUUGUCUCUUAGAUUUCAUCUUUUCAUUUGUAGUUCCUGGAGAUGUUUAUUUCUUGUAAGAAUAGUUUUACUAGGUGUGAAUUGUGUAGUUCAUUUUGUAGAUUGUUCAGUGUACAAAUUGUAUAUUUUUUUCCUGCCAGUAUAUAUUUAUGUACAAAUGGAGAAACAACGUCUUGUGUGUCAUAUUGGCAACAAAGGUAUAUUAUUUCAUUCAGGUCAGAGUACUUUUCCCAUUUUUUCGAAAUACAUGUCACGUACAACAGGGGAAUCGAAAUCACCCCAGUGGACUCAAUUACAGACCUUGUGAUACAGCAUGCACAUGCUAACCAUUCGGCCAUCCAACCCCCGCUUUUUCAGAUAAUUCCAGACAUUAAUCCAUAAAGAGCCAGUCGAAUGUUUACCCCAACUCCAAAAAUAGUCAAAAACGUCCAACUCCCUCAGAUAAUUAGUAAAUUAUAAAAGAAAUUUUCACUUUUUGUUAAAAAAAAAAAAAAAAAUUAUUUUGAGUGUAUUUCUGGAAAACUACUCUAAUCUGAAGGGAAUUUUGUUCUCAAAUGCGCUCUAUGUUUUUACGUUGAAAUAAUAGAGUUAAUAGUACUUAAUACAUGUAAUUCUUACUGCUGUAAAUGUUUAAAUAAGGGGAGUAACUCCCCCGUGUAAAUAUUAACUGUAUAGUGACAUGAAUCAAGUGUCAAGUCUAUUUGCUGUCUGUAAUGAUAAAUACAAAAUUCUCUUUAAA